AUGACAUACAGCCGGGGAGGGAUAGAAGGCAAAUUGGAUAUGAAGUCGCGGUUCUUCGAGAUACAGACGGACAGGAUAUCGUAUUUGCAAGGAGAUGUAGUAUUGGUGACCGUCUCUCCGAAGCUGACGAAUUUACCACCGUUUGAGAGUCUCACGCUCCUCAUCUCGUGUUUUGGCCAAAUUUCAAAAUCGAAUUUUGACGCGAAAUUUCCCCCCAACGCAAAGCAACAAACAAAAAACUAUUUUGAACUGAAAAACGACUUCCCACAUCGUGUCUAUCCCCUUUCAUACAGUUUCACGUUACCAUGUACAGCACCAUUUACAGGAAAAGAGUGUUCCUUUGUCAUGGGAAGUGGUCUCAUAUUCCAAUCCCUCAAACUCUUUGCGACUCAUACUUAUAGGAUCGACCUGUUUGUAAGACAAGGAGGCGUCAUGUACCUUGGCGACCAAAAGGAUAUUGUCGUCAGACAAACAUUUAACGAGGUUAUAACGACGCCGCUUGUCUCAUUUGAUCUCGACAAUUAUCAAAUGAAAAUCACCACCGACAAGGCGUCAUAUUACCCCCAAGAGUUCGGAGUCGUCUUGUUUGAAGUGAACAGUAAAACACAAAGAGCGACUUCAAAGGCGAAGAUCACGUUAUUCCAAAUCAUGGAAAUGUACUUUGAGGACGGUACGACAGUUAUUAAGAAACCAUUGAUGACAUCAGAGGUACUUCCAUUCCAACCAUAUUACUACGGAAAAGACCAUUUGUGUU